AUGCCAGGUAUGAGGUUGGACUUUCUGAAGAACACCUCCCAGCGAGCUGCGACGGGUAAAGCGCUGCCGCUCAAGCAGGUGGAGGCGAUAAUCCUGUACGGCAGGCCAGAACAGCGAGCCAAAGUGGUGCAGAAGCUUCUCCCCAACACGUACUCACUGUGCAUGAGUAAGGCAACACACCAUCUCCUCCUCUCACUCCUCGCAAAGUGUGAUAACCUGAUUCGGGUACAGAUGCUUUACCAGAUUCGUCGUAAGAUCUCUGAUCUCAGUUUAUCCCCAGUUGGCAAUAUCAUUGUUCAAGAGAUGUUGGACAAACUUCCCCCUCAGCAAAAGAAAGAAAUUGCGGAGGUAUUUGUUCUUAACACCGAACUUGAUGAGUUCCGACGUCUCUGCGAACACCCAUUUGGUAACCACGUGGCGCAGAAACUGAUGGAGUACCACGCCUCACGCGAAGUGGUGGAAGAACGCUUCGUUCCGCAUCUAAGGUCCCUCUCGGUGCACCCAUACGGACAACGAGUGGUUGCCAAGUACAUGGAAUGUGAAGAAAAUGGCUGGAGUCUUGUUGCAAAGGCGAUUUUUGGUACCGACAUUGGCGAAAUUGAAGAGGAUAAUGUUUAUUUACUCUUCAAACCCGUCGAUGAAAACAUGACAGUCUCUGCAUUGAUGCGGCACCCCUUGGUACCGGGGUCUGUGAAGGAUGCUCUGUGCGCACAUCUGUGCGAGUACGCGAGCGAAUAUUUGGACCCGAAGCAAGCCCCGGUACCAACAGCUGGGGAGGCGGAGGAAGAAGAAUUCGUUUUGCCUGACUUUGGGAAUGCACCACCGAAAAGAAGUGGCACUGGCGGGGAGAGCGAACUGCCGCGACAUCAUCAUGCCUACGUGACGCUGUUUGAGAAGGGUGACCUCGCUCAACAGAAGUUGCUCUGGGAAUCCCUGCUGUCCGCCCCUGAUCUUAUUGAGCACCUGGUGUCCCACAAGGCAACUGUAGCUGUGGCUGUUGCCGCACUGAAGACGCUCCCUGAAUCCCACGGGCGGGUGUGGGCCGCGAUGACUAAAGCGGAUGGUGCGACGCUUGACAUUGUUGACGUUGCGCAGCAUCCAGCACGCACGAUGAUUCUUCGGGCCAUGAUUGAAGUUCGCUCUGAGUUCAUUACGGAGUCGCACCGGCUGCGAUUGGCGGAGGUGGCUCUCGCGCUUUCGCAGAACCCCGUCUCAUCGCCAGUGCUGCAAAAACUGUUGGAGUGCUUUCCAGAGGACGAGUCCACCGGUCAGGCCAUCUUUAAGAAUAUCAAAGGUGACCUCCAGGAGCUUGUCACCCACAAUGCCGCGUCAUACCUGAUUGGGGCGAUGCUACAACAUGGCAGUGGCGGCGCACUGCGAGAACAGCUGGUGAAUGCCCUAUUGGACUCCUUCACUGAUAUGCACCAAAUGCUCUCCUUUGCACAGGGGUCUCGCGUGAUGCAGAAACUCGUCGCAUACGCCUCAGAUGAGGCUGUGGUGAGGGUGAUUGAGACUCUUAUUGCCGAGGCGGAACAAGAACGGGACGAUGUUGACGGUGAUGAGGCUGAUGCAGCAGAGGAUGAAGGGGACGAAGAGGAACAGAAUAAUGAGGAAGAGGAAGAAGCGAAUGGUGAAGACGAGGAAAAUGAAAAGGAGGGGCAAAAGAAGUUGUCACGGCGUGAGGUGCGCGAGAUGAACCGCAAGAAACAUUAUGAGGUUACCUCCCAUGCUAUUGUCUCUUACGCGCUCCACAGCCAGGCCUGCUACGUCAUUCAGGCUCUUCUCCGUGAGUGUCGUAGCCGUCAGCUGGACCAACAGCGCAAGCGCUUGAUGAACGAACUGAAACCCUUUGUGUUCGAACUGGCCAUCUCGCCCUGGGCCGGUCGCAUUGUGCUGGAUACGAUGAUGCAGUGCGGCAGUGCACAGCUUCGUGAGGCGAUGAAAAAUGUUGCCUUUUUGAAGGCCGAGGCGUGGCUCUCGGAUGUGUCUGAGAAGGACAAGAAGCGCGGCGGUGGACUCGAUCCCACGUUGCGGCAGACAUUGCGCCGCAACCGCGAGGAGACGGAGGGGGAGUCACACGAAGGCAACAGCAGUAAUAACAACAGCACGAAACGCCCGCCCAAGAAGCUGUACCGCACACUCAAAAAGUGA